CGCACCAUGGCGGCGCCCUUGCUGAGCGCCGCGCUCUGCGGCGUCCGGGGCGGGCGGGCCUUCGGCACGGCCGCUGCGCUGUGCAGGCGGGCAGCCCCGCUGGGGCCGAUGCCCAACGAGGAUAUUGACGUCAGCAACUUGGAAGCACUGGAGAAAUACCGCAGUUUCACUCGCUACUUCAGGCUGGCGGAAAAGGAGAGCAGGAAGCCCCGGUGGUGGAAGACGUACCGGCAGCACACCAGCCCCCCGGCAGAGCCAAAGACCGACAUCAGCCUGCCGCGUGAUAAGCUGCUGCGGGCAAAGGAAAUCAAGGAAAGAAAAAAGAUCCUGAAGGAGAACCAUCAGAAUGCCGAGAUGGAAAGAGCAGCACGGCUCCGGACUGUGCUGAUUCCCCUCGAUGAAGUCAGAGCUGAGUGGGAGAAGACCAGCGGCCCGUUCCACAAGCAGCGUGUAGCGGAGCACUGUGGGAUAUUUCGUGACUUGUUCAAAGGGGCCACAUUCACCCCCUGGGUUACCUUGAGGGUGGAGUACAGCCAAGAAGAUGAGCACUUUGUGCCAGUCUACUAUGGGAACAUGGUGACUCCGUCAGAGGCUUCCAGUCCCCCUGCAGUGUCAUAUGAGGCAGAUAAAGGCUCCCUCUGGACUUUGCUGCUCACAAAUCCAGAUGGACAUUUAAGAAACACGGACUCGGAGUACCUCCACUGGCUGGUGACAAACAUCCCAGGCAAUGACAUCAAGUUGGGUAAGGAGAUCUGCCAUUACUUACCCCCUUUCCCUGCCAUGGGAACUGGCUACCAUCGCUUCAUCUUCCUCCUCUUCAAGCAAGACUGCCCCAUAGAUUUCAGCGAGGAUAUUCGGCCGAUGCCAUGCCACAGCCUCAAGAUGCGAACCUUUAGCACGUUUGACUUCUACAGAAAGCACGAGGAUGCAAUGACCCCAGCAGGGCUGGCGUUUUUCCAGUGUCAGUGGGACAGCUCUGUUACUUGGGUCUUCCAUCAGCUUCUCAAUAUGAGAGAGCCUGUGUUUGAAUUCGUGCGGCCGCCCGUUUACCAUCCUCCACAGUUAAAGUUCCCGCGCCACCAGCCUCUGAGGUACCUGGACAGAUACCGAGACACCGAGGAGCCCACCUACGGCAUUUACUAGGGACCUGGCCUUCUCU